AUGGCUGAUAUGAAAGAAAUCAAAGAUAUGCUUGAUAGGAUGACCAUGGAGAUGGCUAACUUCACAGUUAGACAGAACCAAAUAGAAGCACACCAUGAGAAGGCAUUCUCUGAGCUGAAACAAACUCUUGAUGCUGUGAAGGAGAAGGAUAAAGGCAAAACUGUUGAAGAAGUAGAUGGGGCUGGUGGAAAUCCUAACAUGGUGACUCCUGGUGGUUAUCAAAUGGGGAUGGGGUCUCUGCAUCAGUUGCAAUCACCCAUAGGGGGAGCCAUGCCUCAAAAUCAAGGUAUGGGAUUCAGAUUCACUGGUCAGGAUUCACAAGGAAGAGCUCAACACCAGAUUCCAACGAGUGGAGGCCAUGGACAAGCUCAAAUGGGGUACCAAGGAGGAUUUCAACAAGCUACUGGCCAUUUCAUGAGCAACAUGUCCAGACUAUCAAAAAUUGAGUUUCCAAGGUUUAAUGGCUCAGAUCUCAGAUCUUGGUUGUGCAAGGUAGAUCAAUUCUUUUCGCUUGAUGAAAUUCCAUAUAAUCAGAAGGUUAAGAUAGCUUCGUUGCAUUUUGAUGGUCUUUCCAUAGAAUGUCAUUUAGCUUAUUUAAGAAGUAGGCAACACCUUCCUUAUCCUACUUGGGAAGAGUAUUUGUUUGCUCUUACAGAUAGAUUUGGGGCUGAAUUUGAGGACCCUAUGGCUGAGCUGAAAUUGGUGAAGCAAACUGGUAAUGUUAAGGAUUACCAGAACGAGUUUGACAAAAUCAUGACUAGGCUAACCAUACUGCCUGAGUAUGCUAUAAGUGGAUUUAUCACAGGAUUAAAACCGGAGAUAGGGUACACUGUCAAGAACCACAAGCCUCUUUCUCUUCCACAAGCUUACCAACUGGCCAGGAACACAGAAGCUCAGGUGCAUGCUCAACUGAAAUUGACCAGACACCCUUCGUAUGGUGGUAGCAACUUUCAAAAUAAGGGAGGCUCCUUCAGUUCUUUCCCAAGAGGAGCUACUAAUAAAAGGGACGUUGGUCCAACCAAGAGAGAUACAUCUGUCAAUUUAAAUAGAAGCAACAGCAAGAGGCUAACUCCAGCUGAGAUGAAUGAAAGGAGACAGAAGGGGCUAUGCUUUUUUUGUGACGAGAAGUUCUUCCCUGGUCAUAAAUGUGGAAGCUCCAAGUCAUUAUAUUUGCUGGAGGUGGAAGAGGAAAUUGAGGAAGAUAAGGAAGAAGGGCUUGAAGAACCUAUCAUUGAUGUAGAUGCUGAAGAGGAACAAGGAGAGGUUUGUGAGAUUUCUGUGCAUGCUCUUCAUGGCAUUCCUACAUUCAACACCUUAAGGGUUGAAGGAUGUUGCCGGAAAAGAACAUUGCACAUUCUCAUUGACCCUGGGAGCUCACACAACUUCAUGGAUGAGGAGCUGGCCAAAGAACUCAGAUGUGACAUCCAGAUUGUCAAACCUCAUGCUAUCAAUGUAGCUGAUGGCCAUGACAGACAAACAAAUGAGAUUUGCAAGGCUUUCUCUUGGGAGCUGACCUUGGGAUACCAUUAUAAAGGGCAAGAGUGUAUUCUCGAGGGCUCUGUGGAUAAAGUUAGAACUGUACAAGCUAAGAGGUUGGAUAAGUUGUCAAAGGCUGGUGGACAAUUGUUCAUGAUCAGGGUAAUGCCUGUGGAAGAAGAACGCGAGGAAUGGGAUAUGUCCAUUCCUUUAGCUAUCCAGUCUCUUUCUAAAGAGUAUCCUCAACUGUUUGUUGAUCCAAAGGGGUUGCCUCCAUCUAGAGGGCCUUUUGAUCACAGGAUUCCCUUGGAAGCAGAUAGCAAUCCUAUCAAUAUGAGGCCGUAUAGAUACUCUUCUACUCAGAAAGAUGUCAUUGAGAAAUUGGUGCAGGAUAUGCUGGAGCAAGGCAUAAUACAACCUAGUUUUAGUCCAUAUGCUUCACCUGUUGUGCUGGUUGGAAAGAAGGAUGGAAGUUGGAGACUCUGUGUGGAUUAUAGGGGCCUCAACAAGGUCACGAUAAAAGACAAAUUCCCAAUCCCCAUCAUUGAAGAACUCUUGGAAGAGUUAGGUGGAUCACAGAUCUAUUCUAAGAUAGAUCUCAAAUCGGGUUAUCACCAGAUAAGAAUGGCCAAGGAAGAUAUUAUCAAGACUGCUUUUAAAACUCAUGAGGGACAUUAUGAGUACUUGGUAAUGCCAUUCGGUCUUACUAAUGCUCCAUCAUCCUUCCAAAGCCUCAUGAACCAUGUCUUUAAAGAACAUCACAGAAAAUUUAUAUUGGUAUUUUUUGAUGAUAUCCUUGUAUUCAGCAAAAGCUUGUCUGAACACUUGGAACAUCUUAAAAUCACUUUUGAGUUAUUGGUUAAACACAAGCUAUGUAUCAGACAGUCGAAGUGUUCUUUUGGGGCAAGCAAGGUAGAAUAUUUGGGUCAUGUAAUUUCUGCUGAAGGGGUUGCUACAGAUCCUAAGAAAAUUGAAGCAGUCAAGGCUUGGCCAUCACCUAAAAAUGUGAAGGAGAUGAGAGGUUUUUUGGGUUUAACAGGCUACUAUAGAAGAUUCAUUCGACAUUAUGGGGUGAUCAGCAAGCCUCUAACAGAUCUCUUAAAGAAGGAGGGGUUCCAGUGGUCUGAUAAAGCUACUCAAGCUUUUGAAAAAUUGAAAGAGGCCUUGGUUUCUGCUCCUGUCUUGGUCUUGCCUAAUAAUUCAUCUGUGUUUAUAGUAGAAACAGAUGCAUGUGAUUAUGGAAUUGGUGCUGUGUUGAUGCAAGAAAGCCAUCCAAUUGCAUAUCUCAGUAAGGGUUUGUCUAUUAGACAUCAAGGGUUGUCUGUGUAUGACAAAGAACUUCUUGCGUUGGUGAUGGCCGUAACCAAGUGGGCACAAUAUCUUAUAGGAAGGAAAUUCAUAGUGAGAACUGACCAGAAGGCUUUGAAAUUCUUGUUGGAUCAGAAGCUGCAUACAGGGGCUCAAAUGAAAUGGAUUGCUAAACUCAUGCAGUUUCAUUUUGAGAUAGAGUACAAAAAGGGUCGGGAGAACAAAGCAGCAGAUUCACUAUCUCGAGUUCAAUUGGGAGAAGUGUCUGUAAUGAUGAUUACUCCUGUAGUGACAGAAUUAUUUGAGAAAAUCAAGACGACCUGGGAAACUGAUCCUGUUCUACAAGAGAUUUUGACAAAGAUAAAUGAUCCAAAUGAUGGCGUAAAGGGGUUCUCUUUUAUAAACCAACAACUCAGGAGAAAAGGCAAAUUGGUGGUGGGAAAUGACUCAUCUGUGCAGCAAGAAAUUAUCUAG